GAGAACAUUGCCCAAUACUGUUUAAUGCUCGAAUCACUGGUAUGUAAUGCAGAAUAGAUGUUUUGAUAAAUAGGGAACAAAUGAUAUUAGAUUGCCAGCUCUUAUCUCACGCUUCUUUCUUUAUGUUACAGGAAGUGCUCAAGAGGGAACGUGCCUCCCUCAAGAAUGCCAAGCUGCCUCCUGGUCAUCCAACACGACUGCAAAACCGGAGGCAGAAAUAUGAGUAUCUGCGGCUGGAGAAUACCAUCAAACAUCAUUUUUGCCAGUUUCAAAUCGAGCUCUUGAGGGAGCAGAAGCUGCGGGAAGCUGCUCGUAAGAAACAAAUGCACAGACAAACUCCUGCAGCUAAAGAAAAGGAGGAUGGAGCCACUGCAGCAGCAGAAGAGGGAGCUCUUGCUUCAAAGGGGAAAGAAGGAGCAAAAGAAAAAGAAGAGGAGGAAGACGCAGCUCCCGGAAAAGAACAGCAAGAGGAGCAACAGGAGAAGAUGGAGGAGCAAUCUCCUGCAGUGAAAGAACAGGUAGGAAUGAAGAGGAAAAGGAAUGAAGAGGAAGCUCCAGCAGCGGAGAAUAAAGAAGAGGGAGCAGAUGGAGAAGAAGAAGCUCCUCCAAGGAAGCGGCCAAGGAAGGACUACAGAGGAUUUAGCGUUCCACCAGAAGACUCUGCUGCCUCCAACGCAACCCUGCUCCUUGCAUGCCUUCUGUGGCUGUUUAUGCAUAUCUGUGUGUUUGUUAUAAGAAGCUUUUGUGGUGGUAGUGGUGGUGGGGGACCUGCUAAUGGUCCUGCUAAUGAGAAGCAUUCCAUUCCUUCUAACCCCCACACAAUCCACUCCAAGGCCGACUGUCAGCAGAAUUAA